UCCAUAUUGUCCUAACAUGUGAUGCGUCAACACUGAGGGAACCGAUGGUGCGGUUACGUAAAGCAUAAAUGAUUAAAUAAAUUAAGUAAAUAAAUAAAACACAGCCAAGAAGUGUUCGUCAGGUGUUGGUCUGAUCUCUGAAGUCGAAGUGGUUUGGUUGUAUAUCCGGGUGGCAGUGCAAUGCACGGGGGAAAUCCAUCUCGACGGCGACAGCACAGUGUGAAAGCGUAGUGGGUCACAACCAAAGAGUGAAUCAAGCGCUCGCGGAGGGAUUAAACACACAACCUUCUCCACUCAGGCUCAGGAUCUGCAUGGAAGAUUGUAAUGACACAUGCACGGCAGAGGAACUCUCUACGUAGAUAUCGAAGCGACUCCAAGGAGCAGGUGAACUGCCGGAUACAUGCCGAAAUCAUGGGCAGGACCUGGCCAGAGUGCCCAAUGCUAGAAAAGAAGAUUAAAAGGCAUGCCUAUAAAAGAGGAAGAGAUAAGGAAAUAAAGCAACAAAGUGCAGAUAGUGACCGGAAGCUUUAUCCCCUCAGAGGACGGCAGGGAAUGAGCGACGUGGGUUCCUUAAACUGCUGUGUUCUACUGACUCGCUUAGAAGAAGGAGGAACUUGUAAGGGCAGCAUGAAAGCUGUGACCAAGAACAAAGGGAAAAGAAACAUGAAGGUAAAGAAGGGAAGGACCAAACCCUGCAAGUGUCGGAAGAAGGGCUGCAAAGCAUGCCAGCCAAUGCCUGGACCAAAAAGCAACCCCAAACCUGACAAAACUGCCUUAUACUUGGAACUUCUAGAACCUCGAAAGCGACGUUUGGCCUCUCUUAAUGCAGAAGCAGUCAACAGCCUGUUGUUGUUCAGAGAGGACUCUCAAAUGUCCAAAAAACAGCAGAAUUCACAAAAAGGUGAUGGUGAACUCCCAAAAGGAGAACUUGACAGUUCAAGAAAAGGACUAGAAGGCCAAAAACGUACACGUACAGGAGAAGGAGACGAGGGUACAAAUCCUAAAAAAACCAAGAAGGCAAAGACAGUGUCUGAACAUCUGGACCAGCUGAAUCUAAACAGUCCAGCCCCAAGACGUCUCGCGGGUUUAAAUGCGGCUGCCCUUCUGAAGUUAACUAGCACAUCAUCUGGAGCUAAACGGCGAGCUAAAACGGACACCAAGCCAGGCAGUGGAGGAGCACGAACAAAACAACUGCAGGGAAAGGUAAAAAAACACCACUGCCCACCAUGCCUGUCCAAGCCGCCAGUAUCUCAGCAGUGCUGCAGUCUCUGCAAGAAGGAGGCUCUGAAGACUGACGCUUUGUGGGAGGGCACUUCUGGGGGCCAUGACUUCAUCAAACCUGGAUACCAAUGCAGGUCCAUGCUGAGCUACUCGUUGAAGCCUGUGAAAGAGGAGAGAACGGAGACUGAUGUGAAUUCAUGCUAUUGCUGUUCCCAGGAGAGAUCAGUGGAAUAUUGUCACCGAUUAGCCCUGUUCCUUGGGCAGAAGGCGUAUCCUGAAUCAGAACAGCAUUCAUUGCCAUCUGUUAAAGGAUUCCUUCCUUCCCCUCACACGCUAACCCAUCCAGCCUUGACACUAGGCGCUCAUUCUUACCCUUGCUACCCUGGUUACUAUGUCCACAUUGCCCAUCAUGGGACAUCCUCACUCCCUGUAAGUACAAGUCCUGGACCCCGUGCACCGCCGUCUGUACCUCCUAUUACACUGUGUCCCACUGGGGUCCAGAGACCCAAACUACUGCCCUCUCCAGUGUCUCACCCUUCAGGAAUUCCUCAUCCAGUGUACUGCAGCUCAGUGGGGACGUGUUAUGGAGAACCAUGUCGGAUCAGCGGCUGUGCCUACAGACACACUCAACCCAUUGCUAACAGGGGCUGCUCAUUCAGCGCCGGAUGCUCCAGCUGCAGCCACAAAAUCAAGAUGGAGGACUACCCCUACCCACUGGACAAGCACAGCCCCUCUAUUUCCAUGCCUCCCUCCUUGCCCUUGUCUGUAUGCCCCAUCCCCAGCGUGCCUGCUGCCACUCAGCCCAUGCCCCACCUGCAGUCUCCUCUGCCGGACACUGGGCAUCCUCAGGUCCAGUUACACGUAGGCCGAGAGUGCCCGCAGAGUGCCAAGCCGCCCAGCAGCUCACGCUCUGCGAUACGGGACACAGCUGUCUGCCCCCAUGUGAAGGAGGGCCAGCUGGGAGCCAGCCACAGCAGUCCAAGCACCAAACAGGCCAAGAUUAGUCGGCGGCGGGCCACCAACGGCUGGCUGCCUGUGGGCACAGCUGCUGAAAAGGAGGUAUUCAUAGUGGGCGAGGAGUCACCAGCACUGCGCAGGUGUUAUGAAGGAGUGCAGAGAGACGGAGAAGUAAUCAGGGUGCGAGACACUGUGCUGCUGCGUUCUGGCCCCCGGAAGAAGUCCCUCCCCUAUGUGGCUAAAGUCUCUGCCUUCUGGGAGGACCCUGAGUCAGGGGAGCUGAUGAUGAGCCUGUUUUGGUACUACCGUCCAGAGCACACUCAGGGGGGCCGCAAUCCCAGCAUGCACUGUGAGAAUGAGAUUUUUGCAUCCCGGCAUCAGGACGAGAACAGUGUCGCGUGCAUUGAGGAUAAGUGCUACGUCUUGACACUAGCACAAUAUUGCAGAUUUUGUGCCUUGGUGAAGCGUCGUGAGGAGGCUCGUCCCAAAAGUGCCCCCCUGGUCCCUCCGGCUCACAACUACGCCAUUCCAGCUCAUCGCAGUGUCCCUGCUGACAUCAACCCUGACCUGGUGUUUGUCUGUCGCCAUGUUUACGACUUCCGCUACGGCCGCCUUCUGAAGAACCUGCAGUAGUGGUAGUAGUAAAAACGUUUGCGAUCAUGGAGCCAUACACUGAAAACCAGAGUCCAUAAGGCUUAGACACAAUCAAUAUCCUAAUCAAAGGAAUUCCUGAAAGGCCACAGGACUGUCAAAAGUGAGGCUGCUCUUUCCAGACUCCAUACUUGUACAAGCGGAAACAAAUUUAGUUUGGUGGGUUUUUUUUUUUUUUUGCAUAAUGCUAUUUUGAGCACAACUUGGGACAGAUCUGACGGCCAAUAUGUGAUCUGUAACUCCAUGAAACUGCUUCUCUAUAUAUUUAUUUGGCUUGUCAAUAGUUCUAUUUUAUACUUGCUGGAUUUGUGUGUGGAAGAAAAAUAUUAAAGUCGCAGGUACAUUAGGGGUACCUUAAAUGAUGAAUUAGACUAUAAAUAUGCCCGUAUUGGCUGUAUAGUUAUUUAUUUAUAGAUAUAUGGUGGAAAUAUUUAUUUUUAGAGCAAUUAAAAAUGAGUUCCCUAGUUAAGAAGACAAGCCCAAGAGUACUUGUUCUUCCCCAAAUCAACUCUUUUUAACCAAUCAUUUCCCAAUUUGUCAUACCACGCAGGACCAUAAAUGUAUUCUGGUGGACCAAAUACCCCAGAGUUGGCUAAUUUUGCGAUUGAUCGACCAGUUAGACUGAGAUUUCUUUCACGAACUCUCAUCCUACUAUAGCUCGUGAGGACUUGCCUUACACCUUAGAAAGAGAGCGUUCCGCCUCCUCUCCUCACAUCCUGCCUUCCCAGCAAACCAAAGCUUUCACACGGCGCCACUACAUACGGUAAGAGCCCCCUCCCUCUGGCCAUCAUAAGUUUGCACUAAUCUAUCAUUCAGCGAAUCAGGAGUUUGAUUCAGUCUGAAACUUUCACCUGCUACUGACUUUUAAACGGAGGAAAAAUACUGUGUAUUUGUUGUACGUGUAAAUACAGAACAGAGAGAAUUAAUGUCUCCGAUUCUACAAACCGAGGAAGGUAACCUGUUCCAUUUCCAAGCGUGUGAAUAGAAAAGUAUUGCCUUGCGCACACACUCUUCUGCUUUCAGUAUGUGCCAUUGGUUCCCCCUCCCCCCCGGCGUUACCUUUAGAUACGCUUGUUUCAUAUAUGAGAUCACUAUGAAAAAGCUAUUUCAUAUGAUCUUUUUUGUGCCUUUUAAUAGUAAUCGGUAGUCCGCUAUGAAAAGAAUCAAUAGGAGGUUUUCGUCCUCCCGUCCGUGGCUCUUAUGCUUCCUGUACCCAGCUCGGUUAGUAUCAUGCAGCAGUUUGUGCUAAAAAGCCAUUCCUUAUGAGUCUCAUUGCACUAUAGUGACCCUCGCUCGCUCCUGCUGAGAUAGAAAAGAAAAAGGGAAAAAAUUGACCUCAAGGUCAAUUCAGGAAUAAUAGAGAGGCCAGAAAAAUACAAGCUGCAACAUUUUCCAGGCAGCACCUGGGUGCAUUGGAUCACUGAACUGAAACGAGCCCUUCCAUUUUUGUGAAGAGGAAAGCAUGAUAGAAGACUGUGUCAUUUUCUUGUACUGAAUCAAGUAACUGCAAAAGUUUGACAAAGCGUGAUUUUCCUGCUGUUAGGAAAAGGCUGCUAAGGCUUUUUUUUUGAUCAAUCCGCUCCACUCCAUCACUGCAGAGUAUAAGGCAGCCGAAACCGAGAGUAAGAGUUUUUUGUUUGGUUGGGGUUUUUCCCCCCCAAAAAGACACACGCCUUUUUCCUUCUCAUGUAAAGCCUUGAUGCAGUGAACGAGCAUCUACUUGUUAUGGUUUCAUUCAUAAGACAAGUGUGCUUCAGUGCAAAAACGUACACCAAGUUUUUCAUUAACUAUCCAUUCCUCUUACUAAUUAAAAAAAAAAUAAAACCCUGAGUGUAUAUCAGUCACACGUGUAUUGUUGUGAUAGCUAGAAAUGUGAUUUCUGUACUAGUUUAGAAUGCAGAUGACUCCAGUCAAUGCAGAAGAUACCCAUGUUUGACAGUAUUGGCCAAAAUGUACAGCAUGACAGAAUGCAUAUCACUUCCUUUCAGUUUUUCAUCCAUCGUUUCUUUGUCGUGAGAUUUUUUUUUUUCCUUUUAUUCUUCUUCUUCAGAGAAACAGCAACUGGGCGAUAAAAUGUUUUUGUGUAGGAGCACAACUGACAGAUCCUGUUGGUUUGGAAGAUAAGUUUAUAGUGCUGUUCGAGAUGAAGGGAUCAUUGAAUGAAGUCUUUUGUAUAGUGUGUGUGUGUGUGUGUACAGUCCCCACAAUCUACACAGCGCUUUCUGAAUCUUGGUUCUGCUGUCUUGUUUUCAGUUGCGUUACAGCCAUAUUUUCUUGAUACACAGUGUUUAUGACAAUGUUUUAAUUUUUAUUACGGUUAGCUAAGAAGGUACUAGUGUUCAUUUAAAAUUAUGACUAGGCGGGAAAGACUUUAGUACGAUUAAAACAGCUUUUCAUAUCCAAAUAUGACUGUAUGGAGAUAUGACGAAUAGUUUGCAGAAACUACAGACACACAAAAAUUGUAAAAGGAAAAAAAAAUGCUCUGUAUGGGAACACUAGAGAUUAAUGAUGCACACGAGGUGCUGCUGUUGUACAUUCUGUUGACCUUUUGCUCAUUGCCCUUUAUGUAAUGACCAAUCAUGACCUGGCAUUCGGUGUCCACACACUAAUAAUUUGGCUUCAGGUUCAUCACAGCACUAUAAUAUUUAAAACUGUUAGAAAUAAGUCAUUUUAUACAAUCUAGCAUCAUUCGAGCAUUCCAAUAUUUCACCUUCUAUACUGAUGCACAGAACAGGCUUUUCAUAGAAAAUUUCCAUUUUUACUUUCCAUGACGUCACUGUAAACAUUAUUUUAAAGUCUUACAUACGUAGCAAGUACUGAGUAUUUUUGCUCUUCCUUCAGCAUUGUGAAACUUGUCAUUGCUUUAGUAGAAAGUUCUGGAUGGAAAAAGUAAAGAGUUGUGCGCCAAAACGGGCUUAGAGGAAGUGGGAGGUUAAUUCCAAGAUGUACAAAACUCACCAAGCGCUUUGCUCCUUCGGUGAUGUGAGUGUGUGGGUGUAUGUGUGUAUACAGAUAUAUAUUUCAAUGCAGCAUGGAAGUACUGGGCAUUCUUGGAAACUAGUCCUAGCACAGCGCAUUUGUAUUAUUUAAGAUUAAAAAAAAAUGUAUAAGAGGAAAAUAUUUAAAUGGAAUAAAUAAUAUAUGAGUUUCA